AUGAGUACGGUAAUGUUGAAUACAGAAAAAUUUAUUGAGAAAUACAAAAUGGCAAUUUUCCAUAAGACAGGCAUAAGGUUGGGAAUGUUUAGAACAAUAUACUUCCAAUUGAAAAUGAGAUAUGCAAAGGGACCGGAUGAAACAAAUAAAGUUUUGCAACAAAUGGAAAUUGUUAAACAAAAUACAGAGCAACAGAAGGAUAAAGAUUGUACAAACGAUGGAGAACUUCUUAGUUCUUCUAAAACAUAUUGCAAUACAGCUAGACAAAGGCUGCUAAAAUGUUAUAACUUUUUUUUGUAA